AUGAAGCUGUUUUCCUCUGUCUUCGCUUGGUUUGACUGCUGGAAACUUAUUGCCUCUUGUGGUGGGUCUUUUGUGUGUAAGAAAAGAAGCAGAAUGUUUGCUGUAGAGUUGCCGCUGCUCUCUGGCUGCUGCUGUCUUUUUUCUUAUUUGUUGUUGAUGCUUUGUAACAAGAGGAAAACGUGGAAUGGAGUAUUUUCUGUCUUUGACUGCUUUUUCGUUAUGAUGGUGACGUUUGUACGAAAAAGAAAGAGAGGAGGUAGAAGAAGGUUCCUCUUCUUUUUAUAUUCUCAGGGGAAAUGGAAGGCGUUGGGGAAUGAUCAGGAGAUGAAGAAGAAGAAGAAGAAGAAG